AUGUCCGGCAUUGAGCCCGAAAAGGCAGACUACACCACCAACUAUGGUGACAAGGGGCACGACAUGGCUGUCCUUGAGGCUCAGGUCUCGCACGAAAGCCAUCGCCCUGUCAAGGAUGUGCUCGUCGAUGUGCACACCCAACUCUAUGACGGCGUCCAGCGAAACAUGGAGCAGCGCCACAUGCAGAUGAUCGCGCUGGCCGGCACGAUCGGCACGGGUCUCUUCCUCAACAGUGGCCGUAUCAUCGCCCACGGCGGUCCCGUCGGCGCGCUGCUGGCGUUCAUCACCACGGGCUCCAUCGCGUACGGCACCCUCAUGUGUCUUGGUGAGAUGGCAAUCUACGCACCCAUCUCGGGAGGUUACAUCCACUAUGCGGAGCGCUGGGUCAACCCGGCCGUGGGGUUUGCGCUUGGCUGGCAGGUGUGCAUCCAAUACUGCCUCUCCAUCCCCAGUGAGAUCAUCGCCGCAAACAUCAUCUGCAGUUUCUGGGACUCUGCCUUCCCCACAUCCCAUCAGGCAGGUUACAUUACCGGUCUAAUUGUGCUGUGCGCCUCGGUCAACUACUUUGGAGUCCGCUGGUUUGGCGAAUCCGAGUUCUUUUUCGCGCUCAUGAAAAUCAUGCUCGUGGUCAUCUUGUCCAUCACGGCGCUCGUCAUCGACCUGGGCGGAGCUCCCAACAAGGACCGUAUUGGUUUCCGCUACUGGAAGAACCCGGGCGCUUUCGCACCAUACUACGGCACUGGCGACCUCGGCAAGUUCCUUGGCUGGUUCACCGACCUCGUCCAGGCGGCCGGCUCGUACAUGGGUAUUGAGAUGGUGAUUGUCGCCGCUGCCGAGGUCAAGAACCCACGCGUGACGCUCAAAAAGGCCGUCAAGCGCCUCUUCUGGCGUAUCCUCAUCUUCUACGUGCUCCUCAUCUUCCUCGUCUCCCUUGUGGUUCCAUACAACGACCCCAAGCUCCUCCAAAGCAAGGGUACGGCCGCGUCGUCGCCGUUCGUGCUCGCCAUGACCCGUGCAGGGAUCCACGGUCUGCCGCACUUUGUCAACGCCUGUGUCCUCCUCUCGGCCAUGUCGUCCGGCUCGUCACUCAUGUACUCUGCCAGCCGUAUGCUCUACGGCAUGGCACUGCGCGGUUACGGUCCCAAGCUCUUUGCCAAGACCACGAACCGCGGUCUGCCGCUACCGGCGCUCGUCUUCGUCACCCUCUUCUACGGCCUCGCAUACAUGUCCCUCUCGAAGGGGGCGUCGACCGUCUUCAACUGGUUGUCCAACCUCACGGCCCUGUCCGGGUACGUCGUAUGGGGCAUGAUCGGCGUCACGUACCUGCGCUUCAAGCAGGGUCUCGCGGCACAAGGUAUCGACCGCAAGACACUGCACUACCACAACGCGCUCCAGCCGUGGAUCGCAUACUGGGUCAUCAUGUGGUCGGCCAUCAUCCUCCUCUUCAACGGGUGGGAGGUCUUCACAAAGGGCAACUGGGACCCGUCCAGCUUUGUCAUUGCAUACAUCCCCGUGCCCAUCUUCCUCCUCCUCAUUGCCGGAUUCUACAUUGUCAAACGGCCCAAGCACCUCAAGCCCGAGGAGCUGGACAUGUUCUCCAACAUUCCCACAGACGAGAUGCUCCAUACGGAGGAGGAGGCGCCAAAGACGUGGUGGGGCAAGGUUCUCAGUUGGCUUUUCACAUGA